CAACAGGAGAUGAGUAUUAACGCUGUCACAAUAUAGAAACAUACCCAGAUUUUUAAUUUCACCCACAACUGAGAUAAAGUUGGAAAGAUGACAAAAUAACUAGAUUAUUUUCUUAUUUUUUCACUUCAUCAGAAGCAGUGACGCUACAUCUGUAUCCCGCACAUAUUUGUGUGACUUCCUUGAGACAGCUGACUGCAAGUGUCGAGCCUCCAGAUAUCGUUUAUUUGGCUGCUAUGGCGAAUAGCCUCCUCUUCAAGUUGUUUCGCCCUCCCGUGUUCACACAGCUUGCGUCCCUCCGGUCGAGCUACGUAUUUUGGGGGAAGCCGGCGGCGGCAGGGACUAGACGCUUCUCCACCGAGCCUCCUCCUGAGACAAUCAGCCGCUAUCCAAUACCUUACAAGAAAGACCUGCCUUAUGAUAUAGUGGAGCUGAUGGAAGAAGUGGAGUCAAAGGGAGGCUUUUUGCCUAAUGUCUUCAAAGUCCUCUCUCAUAGACCGGCAGAGUUCAGAGCUUUCUUCGCUUACUACAAUGAACUAAUGAACAAAGAGACAGGCAGAUUAAGCAAAGCAGAUCGUGAGCUGAUUGUAGUGGCCACCAGUGCCCACAAUAAGUGUCUUUACUGCGUGGUAUCCCACAGUGCACUGCACCGCAUCUACUCAAAGAAAGCCACUCUUUCUGACCAGGUUGCUGUUAACUACGAGAAUGCAGAGCUGGGACCUCGGGAGCGUGCCAUGCUGGACUUCGCAAUGGCUGUGUGUCGCUGCGACACCAUCACAGAGCAGCACUUCAAGUCCUUGGAGGAAGUAGGCUUUGACCGUGAAGAUGCCUGGGACGUCGCUGCCAUUGCUGCUUUCUUUGCCAUGUCCAACAGGCUCGCCCACCUCACUGACAUGAGGCCAAACCUAGAAUUUUAUAAUAUGGGCCGCUUACCACGAGACAAGAGCAAGGACAAGGCAGAGGGAGAGUGAAAAGGGAUUAAUGUUACAAAGUGCCUCAGUUGCAUUUUAUAUGUUUGUCUCCCUCUGAUGUGUAAACAAUCUGAUAUUUUCUAAUAUGUCUUGAUGUGAAGUGCAAUAUCAGAUCUAUAGAUUUGCAACCUGAAGGCAAGUACAUUUGAAAGUUCAUAUUGAUCAAUGUUUCCCAAGAUUAUAAACAAACACUACAGUAGCUUGACUGAGCCAGUGUUGUCAUGGAAUAUGAUAGAAUGACUAUUUUGUUUUUGGGCUGGCAUUUUUAUUGGUCACAUAAUGUAAAUUGGUUGAUAUCAUGUCCAAACAUAAUCGUUAUAUCUUUUUUGUUUACAUUGAAAUUUUACAUUUUAGGUGGUAGUGUUUAUUUGACACGUUAUCUUUAUUGUUUUCAAUUAACAAAAUACUAUAGUUGUUCUUUGGUUUCCAUCAAAAGGGUUAGUUUGAUUAUUGAAGUCUAUGAAAAAUAAACAUGUAAAACUCAGAAAACAAAACUUUAUUUCCUUGUUCAGCAGUUGAAAGUACUCUUUUUUCAAUGUGUUGCUUAAUCUGACUGUUACUCUCUCUGCCAACAAGAUUGUAUAAGUCACUCUUUGUUCACAAUAAUGUAAGACUAUGUGCUUAAGUUUGUCUUCUCAAUAAACUGCAUUUUUCUUUCUACAAGUA